UUUACAGUUGAUUUUCUUGCAGACGAUUCAAACAAGGAGACACUUGAUUUGUCGAGGCGUGGGCUUAAGAAAAUAGAGAAAGCGCCUCCCGAAGAAUCUAAAUCUAUCAUUAAUUUGAUUCUCGACCAGAAUGAACUUCAGCGGCUGGACAAUAUCGAUUCAUACAAUCGAGUUGAGAGCUUAUCAAUAUGCAACAAUUUUCUUGUCCGUAUGCAUGGAGUGUCCAGACUGUCCAACAUCCGGGUCUUAGCCCUCAACAACAAUGGUAUUCUACAGAUAGAAGGGCUAAAAGAUAUGAUAUAUUUAAAGGUUUUGAAAUUAGCUGGAAACAACAUCAAGUCAAUAGAACACCUGAACCACAACAUACACCUAGAGCAUUUGGACCUCUCCAACAAUCAGAUAUCAUUUAUCGCUGAUAUAUCUUAUAUGAAAAAUUUAAAGCAUUUAAAUCUGGAACGUAACCGUAUAAUGGAUCUACGGCAGUGUGAGCGCUACCUACCAUCCCAGCUCUCACAUCUAGGUCUCGCUCAUAACAAUAUACAGGAUUUGAAUGAAGUAUCUCAUUUAGUGCAUCUCAGUCAGUUGGAUAGUUUUACUAUGCAAGGCAAUCCGUGCGUCGCUAUGGCUGGGAAGGACAAAUUAGGCUUUGAUUACCGUCCUUUCAUUCUGAACUGGAUAAUGAGCGUGAAGUCAAUUGAUGGCUUUAUAGUGAGUGCUAUUGAAAGCCUGAAGGCCGAGUGGCUGUACAGCCAGGGCAAGGGCCGCCACUUCCAGGCGGGCCAGCAGCGCGAGCUGUGCGCCUACCUCGCCGCCAGCUGCCCGCUCACCGCCGACGCGCUCGAGACCGAGGACCAGAGGAAGCUGAGGCUCAUACUGAGCAAGGCUCAACAUCACCAACAACAACUCAAGGAUCAGAACCACAGUCCGGUUAAAUCCAGAAUACAGUCACCGAGAAUGCAGUCACGUAUAUCCCAGCGGCACGUAGGCAAGUCUCCGGAUCGUCUAAGCUCAAGUUUCCACGCCGCCUUGGCCCAUAAAGGCUCCCCUUCACACCUAAUGUCAGCCUCGUGUUCUGGGGAACUUCCGUCUCAUACCCACAACCCACCGUCUACAUUUGAAAGUCCCCAACACUCAGACCGCAAGGACAGAAGUUCGGAAUGCACGCCGCCACCCCAAGCCAAACCAGUGAACACAUCUCUGGAAGCCGCAUCGAAAAUGGUGCCUGUACCAGAAUCUCUAAUGAGUCCCGACUAUCAGGACCCUAUAUACGACAUACAGAAAACUAUACCAAAAUGCACAAAUUCGACCAACAGCGUGUCCAACUCCUCACAAUCGAGCACUAGUAGCGUUAAUGAGGAAAAACGGCAAGCGAUUAGCAAAAAUCUCAAAGGAUCACCAAAACUUACAAAGAGUGUAACAUCGUCCCCUAAACUAAAGUCUAAAGUUGAAAGAAAGGGUAGUCUCUCGAAGAUUGAAACCAAAAAUGAGAGAAAGUUAAAUGGAAACAGUGAUAAAGAGGACAAUAUAGAUCCGGAUAAGCUGGAAGUGAUAAAGCUCGCGUCGAAUCAGAGGCGCCAGAAGAAGAUGAGUGUGGAAACGAUGGCAGCGGUUACUAUACAAAAGAUGUGGCGUGGGUACCGGAGCCGGAACCUUAAUAAGGACACCUUGAGGAUAUUACAUGCGAUACAGGCGGCAAGGGCGAGGCAGCAUAUACAACGUCUAACAUGCGAUAUGGAAGCAACAAAAGCGGCGUUAGAAAGUGAGAGGAAGAUCCAGCAGUUGCAGAUGCAAGCGAUCAACGCGCUCUGGAAGAAAGUGUCAACGUUGCAGAGUACCGAUCCUAAGAACAGAGAGUCGGAAUCUGAAGAUAAUUCAGAAGCUCUGCGGCAGCUUACAAAUAUAUGUGUUUCCUUGCAAGUUCAGGUGUCGGAGUUGCAGGGCUGCAUGCGAGAGGUGUUGCGCUCAGUGAAUCGAAGUCGCACCUCUCCGGUGACAGUGGCAGCACCGGUCGCUACGCAGACCGAGAUCAGCGCUGUCGUCACACCACAGGAGGAGCGCGGCGGCGGGUUGCGGCGGCCGCAGUGGCUGGCGCUGGCUCCCGCGCGCACCGAUAAACCUACAGAAGUAGACAAUCUGGACAUAGAACGAACGGAGUCAGUGAUCGAAGAGCCGAGCAUAGAAAAUCACAACGAGCGGGAAAUUAUUACCGACUGAUGCUGUUACAUGUUUUACCGCUUUAGCAUUAAGGUCCAUUGUCGCAUGCUUCGCUUAAAUAAGCCAAAAUUUCUUAUUAAAAAGACACUUACUCUUUCUAUCUCUUUCACGCUUUACUCACAAUAAUAGUGAGAAAGAGAUAGACAUAGGUCAGAAAGUACGUCUUAAAGAGAAAUCACGCGGCUAAACAACGAGCUUACGUAUCACGCACUGUUAAGUUUUUCUUUUUUUUUAAUUUAGCUGUGAUUUAAAUGUCAAAAGACAGAAAAAAAGACAGAGGCUUAAUUUUUUUUAUAAAUUUUGUACUUCUAAAUUGUUAACAUGACAAAAAAAUGCCCUUAAAUGUUGCCAAUGUCGAAAAUAGUAGUGUAAGGUAUUUUGAAUCUUAUUUAUUUAGCUCACGCAAAUUAGUUAUUUUAUUUAAUCUCAUGACACUAGAUUUAAUUAUUUAUUACUAUUAUUUAAUGUAUAAGUUUAACGUAGAACUAAAUGAACACGAAUGGCUCACUCACAAAUCAACAUAUUAGUAUUAGAGAUCACUUUACUUUUCUACAGAAUAUAAAACAUUUAAAUGUACCACUCAACAUAUUUAAUUAAUAAAAAAAAAAAAAACGUUAUAUUAA